AUUAAACAAGAGUUCAUUAAAACACCAAAAUGAGGACGCUGGUCGCCCUGGCCGCCCUGGGGUGCGUGGUGGUUGUUUGUUCUGGCCGCGAGCUCGGGCAGAAGGAAACAGACCUAGUCGCCGCCGCGAGCCACCAUCACAAGGACCACCACCACGAGGAGGGCGGCGGCAAGGAGCACCACGAGCACCACCACCACGAGCACGGCGAGAAGGGCCACAAGGGACACAAGGGCCACCACCACCACCACAAGGGCGAGCACGGCCAUCACGGCAAGCACCACCACGAGGGCCACCACGAGGAGCACGGCGGCGGCCACAAGAAGCACUGGGACGAGCACGACCACCACGGCAAACACCACGAGCACGGCCACCACCACAAGGGCGGCAAGCACCACCACAAGAAACACCACGACAAGGGAGAGGAGACCGAGGGCUACCACAAGAAGUACCAUAAGGACGAGUACCACAAGGACCACCACUUCUACGACGACCACCACAAGGAGGGCAAGCACCACAAACACGGCCACCACCACGGACACCACGAGAAGAAGGGCGGCGGCCACAAGAAGGGCGGCCAUCACCACUCCGGCCACCACGAGCACCACCACGGCAAGAAGGGCCAUCACGACAAGCACCACUACGACGAGGACCACAAGGGACACAAGGGCCACCACGGCCACGAGGAGCACCAUCAUCACCACCACGACCACGGCAAGAAGGGCGGCCACGAGGACCACAAGCACUGGGGCCACCAUCACGGCAAACACUGAGACUGUUAAAAUAUUCGUUAUAUUAUAUUGUUAUUUUAUACAAUACCUCCAUGUAAAUAAAUGUAAAAUAAAGUUGAAUUUUUAAU